AGUACAUCUGUAGGUCUGGUUGUCUGUGUGAUUCUCAUUUGUUUAUUCUCAUAUAAUGCGUGUUUUCUUUAGUGCUUGCUGAACUCUGCAAAGGAAUAUGGCUCAGAGUCGGACAUCAUCAUCUGCACGGCUGUCCAGUAACAGUGCUCACACACGCCGCUACCGGACACUCGCCCCCACUUCCCAAGUGGAUGAAAGUCUUUUUGGGAAUGUUAAACAGUCUACAUGUGAAGUCAAAAGCCUUGCAAAAGGUGGCUCCAAAACUCAGUCUCUUUCUGCUCCGGCCACCAAGAAACAAAACCCGGAGACAGUCCCUAUAAUUACCAAGGACCUCAUCAGGCACCUUAGAAUACCCAGUAAGGACCCGUCUGGACAGUCUGUCAUCAUCUGUCCAGCUGAAAUCGAGCGCAUCAUGGGUAAGUCUCACGUGCUCACUAAAGAGGAGAAGGAAGCAGCAAUGGAGAUUCAACACAAGGCUCGUGAACAGGCCAUGGAUGCAGCUGAGGAAAGGAAAGUGCACAUGCAGCAAGCGGACUUGUCCCGACAAAAGAACCAAGCCCUGAGUGAUUUAGAAACUGCAGCUAGUGAGCGUGCUCAGUACUUACUGGAGAGGGCAAACACCCUGAGAAUGGAGCAGGAAGAUGAAGUCAAGAAGCUUAACGAGCUGAUUCUGGGGGUGCAGUGUCAUGCGGUGAGGGACACUCAGAUCGAGGAGAAGAAGCAGAUUCUGUCCGAGUUGCAGGAGGAGGAUCGUAGGCUGGAUGCCAUGAUGGAGGUGGACCGUCGGCGGGCCCUUGAGGUUCAGGAACAGAUCGACGAGCUACGCAAAAAUCAGAGGCUUCAAGGGAAAACGUGCAUCCUGAAGCAGAUCGAGGAUCGUCAGGAGGAGCGCAUGCUGCAGGAGAUGCUAAAAGAACAAGAAGCACAGCAGAUGCUGGAGAAGCUGGAGAGGUUGCAGAUGGAGGAGUUGGAGGCUAUGGAAAAGAAGAAAGAGGAGCAAAAACGAAUUCAGAUGGAAAUUAUGAAAAUCAAUGAGGAAAAUCUGAUUGCCAAAGAGCGCAAGAAAGAAGAGGAGAGGCAGGCUGACCUUCAUGCUCUGGAAUAUUCGCGGAAAAAACUGGAGCGAGAGGCAGAGUAUGAGGCUGAACAGAGUCGACUAAAGAAAGAGAAGGAGAAAGAAGUGGCUCGACUGAGAGCUCUCCAGGAAAGAGACAGAGACCAUAGAGCUGAACAGGAUGCGCUUAGGGCUCGAAGGAACCAGGAGGCUGCUGAAAGGGAAUGGAGGAAGAAAGAGAAAGAGCAGAUUAAGAAGAAGCUGGAGGAGGAGGAGAGAUUGAAGGCUGAACGUCUAGAGCAGAUCACCCAUAAAGACCGCAUGCUGUCUUUUCAAGCUGGACGAGAGAGAGCCGAGUUCGAGAGGGUGCUAAGGGUUCAGCAGGAGCUCAUCAAACGGGAGAAGGAGAAAGAGGAACAGCAUCGGCAGCAGGUCCUGCGCCACGCCGACGGGGUUCGGCAGCAGGUUCGGGAGAGAGAGGCUCAGGCCAUCGCCCGGAGGAAAGAGAUGUUCCGCGAAGGAGAGAAGUUGGAUGAAGAAGCGCGUAUCCGCAGAGCACGCCUAGACGAGAUUAAAGAGAAGAAACUUAGGGAGCUGAAGGAUGCAGGACUUCCAGAGAAAUAUUGCAGUGAAGUAGAGCGGAAGAUUCUUAACUUGCCCACCCUGGUCCGCUGAAAAAGAAAUGAUCACAGAUUCACAUCAAUGAAACCCUCUGUAA